GUCAGAUUCGCUUAAUUCUAAUUGUGCGAAUUUUCAAUUUUGCAAUGAAAUUACGUGUGUUUUUACGAUUUGCUUAUAAAAUGUAUUAUUACUAUAAUAAACAAUGAAAUCAAGGCUAUCAACAUGCGUUGUUUCUAAUGUUUUAUCAAUGACUAUACGUUACCUUAGCCACAUUAGUCAUGUUAUUUAUGGGAAGGCCUUCGCAAAGUGAAACUAUGAAGUGCGAUUGGAAAAUACAAGGAGAGAUGAAACUUCUACUGGAUCGUUGUAGAACUGUAAUUAUAUUUUCUAGUGUGGUGUGCACUUUUGCAGCUGUUAUAUCUCUACAUAAAAUUUUAAGCCACGAUGUUAAAUUUAUUAAGCCAUUUUCCCCAUUGCCAGCUGGCUUGUACGGUAACUACUUAGAACCUUUCGCUGGGGAUCCCCCACCUUCCCCUAAAAGCUAUGAUAAAGCAAGGGAUUCUGAAGCUGUUGGAUCGUUGAACGCGGCACUGGAAAUGAAGAAAAAUGGCAAAUCAGAUAAGGCUUUAAAAUUAUUUCAACAUGCAUUUGCACUUUCACCAAAACACCCAGACAUCCUCAAUCACUAUGGUGAGUUUUUAGAAGACACAAAGCAAGAUGUGGUCAAAGCUGAUCAAUUGUAUACACUGGCAUUAAGCAAUUUUCCUAAUCAUAGAGGAGCAUUAUCAAACCGACAACGAACAGCAAGUAUAGUUGAAAAUCUUGAUCGAGAAAUGUUACGAAAGAUUGAUGAAAAAAGAGAUGCAUUACUAUCAAUACCAGAAAAUGAUGCUGCUUUGCGCCGAGCAAAGAAAGAAGCUUAUUUCCAACAUAUUUACCAUACUGUAGGUAUAGAAGGGAAUACAAUGACUUUAUCUCAAACAAGAAGUAUUUUGGAAACAAGAAUAGCAGUAGCUGGAAAAAGUAUUGAUGAACAUAAUGAGAUCUUAGGAUUAGAUGCGGCAAUGAAAUAUAUAAAUUCAACAUUACUGUAUCGUGUGCGUGAUAUAACUAUGGGAGAUAUACUAGAGAUACAUAAAAGAGUAUUAGGGCAUGUGGACCCCAUUGAAGGUGGUCAUUUCAGAAGAACACAGGUAUAUGUAGGAGGACAUAUUCCUCCAGGACCAUCUGAGAUUCAAAAACUAAUGACUCAGUUCUUAGAAUGGCUGAAUUCAGAAGAUGCUAUGGAACUGCAUCCAGUAAGAUAUGCAGCAUUAGCUCACUAUAAACUUGUACACAUUCAUCCAUUUAUAGAUGGCAAUGGACGGACAUCCCGACUUCUUAUGAAUCUACUACUAAUGCAAGCUGGUUACCCACCUGUGAUCAUAGCUAAGCAACACCGUCAUAUGUAUUACCAGCAUUUGCAGACGGCCAAUGAAGGAGAUGUUAGACCAUUUGUUAGGUUUAUAGCUCAAUGCACAGAACGAACCUUAAAUUUGUAUUUGUGGGCUACAAGUGAAUAUAGCCACAUGGUACCUGCUAUUGGAGAACCACAUAUUCUGACUGGUGAAGGUUUUGAAGAUAUUUUAUAAAAAUAGUCCUAUACAGACAUGUUAGGAAGUAGUCAGUAGUAACAAAUGAGAUGGAUUUUGAAAUUAUAAUUAAGAUCACAAUGGUGCUAUUCUGAUGUACAACUCUAAAAUACAUUUAAGUAUCAGUAGCAGUUGAUACGCAUAUUUUCACUAAUUACUUACAUUUAUAGGCAACAAAAUAUAAAUUAAUAUUUUAUUAUUAAAUCCAUAUUCCAAUGGUUAUCUCAAGUCACGACUUCCACUUGAGCCCUGUCAAAACUUCAAGUAAAUUAAAAAAUGGUCAUGGAAGAUCUUGAAGUUAUAGAAACUUAGUUUAAUUUAAUUCAAAGAAUCCUGUUCUUGAGAGGACUCAACUAAUUUUAGACACUGUGUAUAUUAUGUACUUUAGAAAUAGUAUUAAAAACUGUACCAAAAAGACAAUUCUUAUAUUAUCUAUUCUUCCUCCUAUAUUAAAAUAUUUCUUAAAACACAAUUUAGUGUUUAGCAGUGUACAUAAAUUCAUAGAGGAAAAUGAAUUAAGCAUUUAUAUAUUUGGUCUAUGUCUUUUUAUAUGCAAUAUUUUUUUUGCUGUCUUUUAGUUUUAAGGCUAGAUAUAAGAAAAUUUUAGUUCUAUUGGUAAAUGGUCACUCAAAUUACUGACAAUGUUAAUUUCAUGCCAUGUAUUUAUAUUUUAAAUAAUAUAUGAGGAAAAUUUUAUGUUAUUAAGUUAGAUAGAUAGGUAUCAACGCACAGUAUUAACAUAGCUCAUACAGUUGCACAUAAAAAUACCUAGUACAUAUUUUAAAUUUUUCCAAUUUGUGUGAAAGUCCCUUUCAAAUUCUUUACCAUACUAUACAUCAUGUAUGCAACAUAUAUAAAUACAACCCUAAAAAUUUUGUAAAUAUGUAAAUAUGAUUGUUAAACCCUAUUUAUUUUUAAAUUCUGUGAUAUAUUUUUAGUGAAGCAAAUAUUGUUUAACUUGGAAAUUUUAAACUCACAUUUGAAUUUAUUUUGUAAUUAUUUCAUGCGUGUCUUCCACGAUAGUAAGUUCCUUAAUAGUAUUGUAUGGUUGAACACUAUUCAGUACAAACUCCGUGUCUUAAUAAAUUAUUCAAGCAGA